AUGGCGAAAGAGCACGAUCGGCUAACCGAAGAGACUGCGGAAACCUUCGAUGCAAAGAUCUCGAAACGAAUUGGCGAACUGAAAAAUGUCACCACCGCGUUGCGAGCAUGGGAGGAAAGCGAAUCCGCAAUGGAGGAGCUACAUGCGCUUCUUCAAGAUCCAACAACGGACGAUGAGCUACGAGAACUGGCUACGGAAGAUAUGAAUGCGACUCAAUUGCAAUUGGAAACGCUAUCCCAGAGUUUGUCGAAGUCUCUUAUACCAAAACAUCCAUUCGAGGACAUGCCAUGCUUGAUGGAAAUCAGACCUGGCGCAGGUGGUGGAGAAGCUGCUAUAUUUGCUGGGGAUUUAUUGAGAAUGUACCGAGCAUUUUGUGCGCGGAGAGGUUACAGGGUGUCACUGAUGAAAUAUGAUACUGCUGAUGGAGAAUCGGGUGAUAAUGGUGAAGCUCCUCUGGCGGAAGCUAUCCUGGAAAUUGAAGCGAGCGGCGCCUAUGGGGAACUACGGAGCGAAGCUGGUGUACAUCGCGUCCAGCGUGUACCUGCGACGGAGAAAUCGGGACGAACACAUACGAGUGCUGCCAGUGUGUUGGUACUUCCAAGUCUACCAGCAACCGGCAGCAGCGAAACAGACGUAUCACAGGCGGACAUGAAUGAUCCAGAGAGUGAUUACUACGUAAACGCGGCGGAUGUUAAGACAGAUGUUUAUCGUUCUAGAGGAGCGGGUGGCCAACACGUCAACACCACAGAUUCUGCUGUUCGGCUCACGCAUAUCCCAACCAAUACAGUUGUCGCAAUGCAAGAUUCGCGAUCACAACACAAAAAUCGAGAAAAGGCAUGGCAGUUGCUGCGCUCGAAGAUUGCUCAAGCUAAAAGAGAAGCGAGAGAAGCGGAAGUCUCCAGUAUUAGACGUGGUGUCAUUGGUGUUGCGAAGAUGGGCAGAGAGAACAAAAUUCGAACCUAUAAUUGGGGGCAACAACGCGUCUCAGAUCACCGUAGUGGGAUCAAUGUACACAAUCUUGAUGAUGUUAUGGAAGGAGGUCCUGAGUUAGAUAAAGUUAUCGACAGCGUCAAAGCAUGGAUGGGAGAACAGGAGAUGCAGGCCUUGUUAGCUGAAGAGCAGGAGGCAAGUAAAGCACCUCUACCUAAUAAAAAGAAAUAA